AGAUGCCCAGCAGAAAAAAAAUUCAAAAAAAAUCCAAAGGUCCCAAAUAAAACCCAAAACGGCGAACACCUCCAGUGAAAGCAUAAAAAAUUAAAUUCAACUUCGAUACGUGGCAAGAAUCAGAGAUGCUAGCCAGGAGGUUCUGAAAAUGAAGCUUAACAAGUAUUCUUGCGGUCAGUUGAAGAUAAUAGAAUCGGCUUCUAUACAUUCUGUGAAAAUCUAACCUAUGAUAUCAAUUUUGUAUUCUGCGUAGGUCUACUGUUGAUUGUGGAACAAUUAUUUAAAAAACUGAAAAAUAAUGAACGCGGCGAUUAAUAUAGGGGUCGAGGAUAUGACCGCGACAAUAGUGAGAUUGAUGCUGUUUAUAGGCGCCGUAUUUCAAUUGGUUUGUUUGGUCGCCUGUAUUUUUAUGAUCGAUUCUACUAACGACACAAGCUGGGGUUCAAGAGACAGCGAAGACGACAGCUCCGAGCACAGUACUCCUCAGAACACUCCACGCAGGCCACACCACCGAACUAGGAAGCAGGAAAAAAAGAAAAGGCGUUAAGAGGAUUCAGGGACUGUGCUAUGCCUGGCGACUUUGGAAGAGUUUAAUAGGAACUAACUGCAUGUUAGGAAAUAAAUGAUUUUGCCUUUAUACAUGUGAAGCCGCUUUCCAGUUAAUUAAUAAGUUGAUUAACAGUGUUGCAGUUUAGUACUGUCUUUGAUGUAUUUACUAGUUCAACUUUUAAAUGUUUAUAAAUGGAUUUAAGUCA